AAGUCCGACAAGUUGUUAUAAAACAUAAAUUGUUACUGUACGAAAUUACUUUCCUAGUUGUCAAUUCACUUGUCUCGUGAACAUCAUGGAGUUAUCAGAAAUUUGUAACUAUAAGUGGUUUAUAUUCUUUGUAUUAGUGCUUCUUCUCUGUAUUCUAUAUGUAAAGAAGCGAGUAACUUAUUGGAAAAAUCAUGGAGUUCCAUCCCUAACAACUGGAAUAUGGUCAUUCCUCGUAGCGUUGCGUACGUUUAAAAACAUGCCAUUACACUUACUUCAAUUGGAAGCAUAUAAAAAGUAUGGCCGAAUAUAUGGUAUCUAUUUGGGCCUUGAACCACAACUCGUUAUUGCAGAACCUCAUAUCUUGAAAAAAAUUUUAGUUAAAGAUUUUAAUAUGUUUCACAACAGAGUGGACUUAGAGACAGGAAAUCCAUUGUUCGACAAAAUGCUAUCCGGUUUGAAAGAUGACGACUGGAAAAGAAUUAGGUGUAUUAUGAGUCCCACUUUCAGUAGCAGUAGAAUGAGAAAAAUGGCUUAUUUGGUCAGGGAAUGCACCGAAAAAUUUUCAACUGAUAUGAAAAAAAUAAUUGAAACUAAUAGGGAUCAACCAAUUGAUUGUAAAAAGUAUUUAUCUAAUUUUUCUCUCGAUGUAAUUGCUUCUACUGCAUUUGGAACAAAAUUGAGUUCUUUAGACGAUCCGAAUAAUACAUUUGUGGAUAAAUUUCGAAAGACAACCAGCACAAAUGUAUCACUUCGUCUUAUGAUAUUUUUUUUGUUUCCGAAAAUUUUCAAAUAUCUGAAAUUUAAUAUUUUUGAUGAAUUUACUGAUUAUUUCAAAGAAUUUACUUUACAUGUCAUCGAACAAAGAGAGAAACAAAAUGAGAAAAGCAACGAUUUUCUUCAGUUAUUACUCGAUGCUCAAAAAGGUACCUUGGAAAUUUCACCAGAAGAUAUCAAAGAAACUAACGAAAAAAAUGAAGUCGAAUUGAAAAUAUUACCGAAGCAUAAAACUAUGAGCAUGGAAGAAAUGAUAGCACAAUGCGUGUUGUUUCUUUUUGCUGGAAGUGAAACAAGUACUAACACAUUAUCUUUUGUCUUAUAUUACUUGUCCUUCUAUCCCGAAUGCCAAGACAAAUUGGUUAAAGAAAUAGAUAAUGUUUGGAAUGCAAAUAAGGAAAUAAACUUUGAUGUGCUUACUAGUAUGCCAUAUCUUGAUGCUGUCAUUAGUGAAACUCUCAGAAUAGAACCAGUUGGAUUCCAAUUAGCAAGAGAAUGUACAGAAGAAUAUGAAAUAUCUGAAAUUGGCUUCAAAAUACCAAAAAAGAUGAUUCUGAUUGUUCCUGUCUAUUCAAUGCAUCAUGACGAAGAGUUUUAUCCAAAUCCGGAGAAAUUUGAUCCAGAAAGAUUUAUGCCAGAGAAUAAAAGUUCUAUUCCUCCAUACGCUUAUCUUCCUUUCGGAGAAGGUCCGAGAAACUGUAUUGGCAUGAGAUUUGCACUUAUGGUGUUAAAGAUGUGUUUAGUUCAUAUUUUGCAUGAUUUUCGAGUCCUUGCAACAAAAGAAUCAAAGCCUUUGGAAUUUUACACCGGCCAAGGCCUUAUUCAACCGAAGAAAGUUAUGUACCACACCAGGGAAAUCAACGAUUACAGCCUUAUCUACAAUUACUGAUCACAUCAAACGUGCCAAAGUGGACGG